AGAAUCCGACCUCAAAAUGCAAGGGAGAAGAUUGACAUGUGUCAAGUUUGUACCAGUGUGAUACAAAAUGCUGAGGAUCCACCACAAGUACAGAUUGGAAAUGAUAAAUCUUUUACUUAUGACUAUGUUUAUAAUAUACUUACUGCACAGGAAACUAUAUAUGAUAGCUGUAUAAGACAUUUAAUUGAUGGAUGUUUUGAUGGCUAUAAUGCUACUGUUUUUGCUUAUGGACAGACAGGGUCUGGUAAAACCUACACCAUGGGUACAGGUUUUGAUGUUACAGCUCCACAAGAAACAAUAGGUAUAAUACCCAGAGCGGUUGAUCAUUUAUUUAAAAGAAUAGAAAACUGCCGAAGAGAAGCUACUGAGAGAAAUGAACCACCACCUGAAUUUAAAGUCAAUGCUCAAUUUAUGGAGUUAUAUAAUGAGGAAAUAUUAGAUUUAUUAGACACAACCAGAGAUCCUGAAUCUAGGGGUAAAAAAUCUCACAUCAAAGUACAUGAAGAUGCAGUUGGUAGUAUCUAUGUUGUUGGUGUUACUACUAAACAUGUUACUUCUUUACAAGACACUAUCCAGUGUCUUAAACUUGGUGCCUUAUCUAGAGCUACUGCCAGUACAAACAUGAAUUCUCAAUCUUCACGAUCUCACGCUAUCUUCACAUUACAUAUUAAACAACACAGAAUUGUGAAAGAUGAGGCUGUUCUAGAAGAUGGCAAAGAGACAGAUUCAACACAAGCUGUCAAUGAAUUUGAGACGUUAACAGCUAAGUUUCAUUUUGUUGAUCUCGCUGGUUCGGAGAGAUUAAAACGUACUGGUGCUACAGGUGAUAGAGCUAAAGAAGGCAUCUCUAUUAAUUGCGGUUUGUUAGCAUUAGGUAAUGUUAUAUCAGCUUUAGGAGAUAAAGCUAAGAAAGGUUCACAUGUGCCGUAUAGAGAUUCUAAAUUAACCAGGCUAUUACAAGAUUCAUUAGGUGGAAAUAGUCGAACUUUAAUGAUAGCAUGUAUUUCUCCAUCGGAUAGAGAUUUUAUGGAAACAUUAAAUACAUUGAAAUAUGCUAAUAGAGCUAGAAAUAUCAAGAACAAAGUUAUGGCUAACCAAGAUAAAGCUAGUAAACAAAUGGCUAUAUUACGAGCUGACAUCAUUGCCUUGCAACAAGAAUUACGUGAAUAUAAAACUGGUCAACGUGCUGUUAAUUCAGAAGGUGUUGAAACUAUUACUGAUACUUAUCAUGAGAAUCAAAUGUUACAAACAGAAAUAGAAAAAUUACGUCAACGUGUCAAGGCUUUAAGUGAAACUAUUGAGAGUCUCAAGUUAAGAAAUUCUCAAUUAGUUGUUGAAAUAGCUACAUUUGGAAUAGUCACUGAAAAUGGUGAAGUAUCGAAUGAAGCUGCUAGUAAUUUGAUAAGUUCUUAUGUUAAGGAAAUUGAGGAUUUAAAAACUAAGUUAUAUGAGUCUGAGGCUAUGUGUGAUACAGUAAGAAAAUCAGCAUUACGUAGUCCAAGAAGUCCAUCAUCCAGACUACUAGCUAGUCCAAUGUCAACUGCUGCUAGUGGAAUAUUCGAUGUUCCUGCUACACCAGACAAUAACUCAUUAUCAGCUAUUUUAGAAGAGGCAAAGAAAGAUGUCAAUAAGUUGAAAAAGACUAAACGGUCAAAGUCAAGAAAUAAUCAGCAUGGUGAUAAAGAAAAUGUAAGUGAUAAUGAAAAUGAUAGAAUAAAAGAUGAUGAUAUUGAACAUGUUGAAAAUUCUGAUCAUAUUCAUGAAGAUUUAGCAGAAUUAACUUGUGAAAUAUCUAUAAAGCAAAGAUUAAUUGAAGAAUUAGAACAAAGUCAGAAAAAGAUGCAUGCUUUACGUCAUCAAUAUGAAGAGAAAGUUGUUCAGUUAGAAACUAGAAUAAGAGAGACAGAAUUGGAAAGAGAUCAAAUCUUGUCAAAUUUAGGUAAUAAAGAAUCCUCCUCAAAUGACAAAGUUAAGAAGGUAAAACAAGAUUAUGAGAAGAAGAUCAAUGAUUUAACUGGUGAUUUAAGAAAAAUGCAGGCAGCUAAAAAAGAGCAUGCUAAAUUAGUAAAGAAUCAGUCUCAUUAUGAGAAACAACUAAAGACAUUACAACAUGAAAUGUUAGAGAUGAAGAAAACCAAGGUAAACUUUAAAUACUAG